CACAAAAAGACAAUAAUCAGCUGAUUGGUCGGGAGAGUGAAGAGGGUGGAGUAUACAACAUGGCAUAUUAACUGAGGUAGUAUAAAUAGGACAUUGUGCCAGAAUCCCAUUUGGCCAAAGGGGCGGCUGAGACUAAAACGUGCUGCUCAUGUGGGUUUGAAAAGUAAGACUUUUGAAAUAUUUGAGACUUUCAAUGUAUGAUGACGAUGAUUUUGCAAACUUUAUCAAAGCACUGUCUGUUGUAUUACUGGCACUCAGUUUUCUUCCUCUUUUUUCUCCAGCAAAACUUUGAGGAUAAUAUUCCCGUCAGUCAGCAGCAGACUACCAACAUGGAGAUCUCCAGUACAACUGUCCUGCCAGUGGUUGGCCUCGGGUCGAUGGCCCAUUCAGCUGGACUUGUGGAGCUUGCUGUCAGGCUGUGCUUGAACCAACGCAAACAACUGUGUCCUCACGUGUGGGUUCCCAUUCUGAAGCCACAGCGUCCUUGUAUCCGUCCUCAGGUUUCUGAUCAGCCCCCCUCUGAUUUCUUGAGUCAACUUUCUUGGGAUUUUUUGGAUGACUUGGACGAUGAGGUUUUGAUCCCAGUCAAGAACAGACGUGUGGUUUUCGCUGACUCAAGAGGACUGUCUCUAACAGCUGUGCGAGAGUUUUCUGAUGAAGAGGAGCAGUCUGACCUCGACCUGCUGCCAUCGCUGCAGGGUUUGGGAAGCAUGACAGAGGACGGCUACAGCUGCACCGUCAGCACCUGCUGCCCAGGAACACGGCUCAAACUGGGCUUCCCGCAACCCUCUGCAGAUUUCCAGGCCUUCCGUGCCAAGCUGGCAGAGAGCAUGGUUAUCCUGGAGAACUGCAGCGUUACUGAGCACUCCCUCCAAGGUACUGUCCGAGUCAGGAACGUCAGCUUCCAGAAGGAUGUGCGUGUGCGCAUCACCUUUGACUCGUGGCAGAGCUACAAAGACGUGCCCUGCAUGUACCUGCAGAAACGCUUCGGAGGACCACAGACGGACAUCUUUGAGUUUGAACUUGCCAUUCCUAAAGUGCUAGAUGCCAAAAGGAAGAUAGAAUUCUGUUUAAGUUAUUUACCAGGAGGGCAGAGCGAACCUUUCUGGGACAAUAACAAAGGACAGAAUUACAGCAUUGCUGUGUGUGUGAGCUCACAUCUCUGUUGCGGGAAGAAUCUAAGUGAUAGGGCAUGACUUAUCCAGCCUAGAAAGGAUCCCUGAUUUUGUCAUACAUAGUACAUCGGUCCUGCGUAAAGAUGAGGUGGAUAUUUUUUUUUUUUUAUUACAUUUGCAUUAUUUCCACUCUGAAUUGGUAUGUAUAUUUCCAUAAAUGUUUAGACAUUUCAGUACCUGCUUUGUAUAUAAAAAAACAACUUUAAAACAGGCCAUUCUUGUUGCAUUCAGUUUUCUUUUCC